AUGUCUCAAGCUCAGUUAGAAAUGGUCGCGGAACUGGAAAUGGAGAUGAUGUCUGAUAUGUACCGGCGAAUGACAAAUGCUUGUCAGCAGAAAUGUAUUUCGACUCGGGAUUUAACCAAGGGAGAGGCUGUUUGCUUAGACCGAUGUGUAGCAAAAUAUUUGGACGUCCAUGAGAAACUUGGAAAAAGACUAACCUCUAUGUCACAGCAAGAUGAGAAGCAGCUUCAGCAGUUGUCACAAAAACAGCAGUCGUCAGAGUAG